CAGUCUGACACUGAGUUGCUGGUGUUAACACUGCAGCACUGAAGAGGAAAGUGAGAACAGGUUUGUGAUGUCAGUUGACUGCAAAGCAGUGAGAAAAGAGGUAAAGUCAGGGGCCAUCUGGUGGACAGCUUGAGAAAGUGGCAGGUCUGGGGUUUUGGGACAGAAGUGGGCAGGGGAUGGAGACAGGGACACAGAGAGAGACCAGUGCAGAGGACUGGGGAUGAGAGAGUGUGGCUGAACACAUGGACUGAAGACAAUUACCACCAAUUGCAAUGUAAUUAGGCUGAGUAAUGAAGUCUUCUGUUUGAAACCUGCAAAUCAAAACAUGUUUAAGAUGUGUUAAAUUAAUAUAGUUGCAUUGAUAUUUCUAUGGUCAUCAUAGAAACUUUCUGACAUGAUGUGAGACAAUCUUUCAUGACUCUUGCCUUCACUUGCUCUAUUUAUGCAAUAAUUGUGAAGUGAAAUUAAUAUGUGACAGGUCUCAUAAUAAGAAGCUCAUUUUAAACAUGCAGUGUUUACGUCUUGUUUAGCAAGAAUUUGGUUCGAGGGCAACUCAAACCUUUACAGAGCCAGACAGUGUAAAUCCCUGUGGUCUCGCCGCAAAGUAUGUCAAAAGAUUUGUGCUCACAUGUUGUUUCAGUGCAGAAAAAAAAAAGGUUUCCUUGCUUCUCGCUAUGCUUGUGAUUUCAGUUUUGCAGGAAGCAUAAAAAUGAACAUAAACCUGAAAUCCUGUGCUUAAUUUUUCCAAAUCAUGACUUUCAUUGUCAUUUCAGUCACACUUGUUUUACAGCCUGUAAAACUGAUACAGAUUUUCCUUGUAGGAGCAUAAGGUUGCAAAAACAUUUUUUGCAAUUUAAAGUGUUUUCUACCUAUUUAUUUUUUAUUUCUGCACACAUUAUUAAUUCAGUAUUAUUGCAUAACUCGUACUGCUUGAAUUGUGUUUUUAGUCCUUUUUUUUGCACUGUGUUCUGUAUGUCUGUACUUCCUGUGCUGACUGCCUUGUGGUUGUAAUUGCACUGCAGUGCUAUAUGCAAAUUGUUACCUAUAUUUCCUGAAGCAGUCAGAGAUUUAUAUCUUGACAGAUUUUGUCUGAAGGCCAAUUCGCACAUUAUAGAGGCAGAUCUACAGGGAAUCCAUGAUGUCUCUCAGCAAGUCCGAAGCCUCUCUUCAACAUGUCUCCAUCCGGAAGUUGCACCUCUAUCAUCAACUUGCGUUACCAAGAUGGCAGCGAGGGGAGUGCUUCCAACCCCGCCAAGUACAACAACCAAGACUAUGCCCAGCUGAAAGACAAUAGCCUCCGCAGACGGAGGCUGUUUGUGGACAGCACUUUCCCCCCUGAAAACCGAUCUCUGGGACACAUGCCUGAUAUGCCCAGGUGGAAAAAAAACCAAGUGGAGUGGCUUCGGCCAGCGGAUAUCUUGAAACUGCAAAAUGUCAACGAUGAUCCCAUUUUCUGUUCCAAAGGAGCCUCAAGGUUUGACUUUACUCAAGGUGGAAUAGGUAACUGCUGGUUUCUGGCUGCAAUUUCCUCUUUGACGUUCCAUAAGAGCCUGAUGGUGCAAGUUAUUCCUAUGGACCAGUCCUUCAAGAACUAUGCAGGGAUAUUUCACUUCAGGUUCUGGAGGUUUGGCAAGUGGGUGGAUGUUGUAAUUGAUGACUUCCUGCCAGUACUCGACAAACAGUUACUGUCUGUGCGCAGCAAAAGUGGAAACGAGUUCUGGGGUCCACUGCUGGAGAAAGCGUAUGCCAAAGUAUGUGGUUCAUACUCAGACAUGAAUGCUGGAUUGCCAUCAGAGGCCUGCAAGGAUUUCAGUGGGGGUGUGCACAUGAAUUAUGAACUCCAGGAGGCCCACACUUCAGGCCAUGACAAAGAGCUGUGGCUCUCACUGAGCAGAGCCACUGGAUGCAACUCAAUGAUUUGCUGUGGGACUCCCCCGGAUAGUGGUAGCAUGGUGAAUGCUGUAGCAGACAGUGGUUUGGUGGAUGCACAUGCCUACUCUGUCACCGCAGUCACUGAGGUCAACUAUUAUGGCUCCCCAGUUAAGCUGGUGCGAAUCAUGAACCCUUGGGGCAGACAAGAGUGGAGCGGAAAAUGGAGUGACAAUUCAUCUAUGUGGCAAAGAGUGAGCCCAGAAGAUCGGGAAAAGUGUUCUAACCGCGAAGAUGGAGAGUUCUGGAUGGAGCUGGAGGACUUCUGUCGCUAUUUCUCUAUGCUGUUCAUCUGCUGUGAAAACCCAAACUUCCUUGAUGGUGACCUCAGUUGCCAGUGGAAAAGCAUGACCUAUGAUGGCAGCUGGGUAGCCGGGAAAAGCGCUGGUGGCAGCCUUAACAAUUCUUCCUUUGCGACGAAUCCUCAGUAUCGCAUCCAGGUGACUAAAAUCGACAGGAGCGAGAGGGAAGACAAAAACGUCUUGCUCUCUCUGAUGCAGAUACCUCAGCAGCAGAAUCGCCAAGAGAUAAGAUCAUACCCCAUUGGACUCACCGUCUUUAAGGUUCCACCAGGGACACCAAAAGGACGACUGAAUUACUCCUUCUUUAGGAGAAAUAAAAUGAUGAAGGACAAACUGAUUUACAGCUAUAACAGGGAUCUGAUUGAGCAACACAGUCUGGAGCCUGGAGAGUAUGUGAUCGUCCCAUACACCUUGAAACCCUACAUGAGUGCGGAGUUCGUCCUCACUGUCUACACCAAGUCCGAGGCUAAGAUCGACCCCCAUGAUGGACAUGAUGAUGAUGAUGAUGAUGACCAUGAUCAUGACCACGAGGACGAAGAUGAGGACAAGGAUCUAAUUCUUCCAACGAUACCAACUGACAAAGGUGACAAGGACGAGACCAAUGACAGGGAUCCUGCUCGUGCUUUGUUCAAGCGGUAUGCUGAUCAGAGAGAUGAGCUGAGCGCCAGACAGCUCCAGAAGCUCCUGAAUGACAACUUCCCUCAUGGAACCUGGAGAGGCUUUGGUUUGGACACUUGCAGGAGCAUGAUAGCCAUAGUGGAUAUUGACCGAAGGAUGGCGAUGUCAUUCGCUGAAUUCUCAGUUCUCUGGAAGAAGAUUGACGAAUACAAGAAACUCUUCCAUCGCUCAGACUUGAAUCAGAGUGGGUCCCUGUCUGACUAUGAGCUCAGGAGAGCAAUUGAGGCUGCAGGAAUGGACAGCAGCGAUAGCAUGGUGAGGAUGAUGAUGUUCCGUUAUUCAGGCUACUCAUCCACCUCUCUGGAGGAAUUCAUCACUCUCAUGUUACGUCUGGACAAGUCGAGAAAUGUUUUCAGGGCCAGUUCAUCCGAUGGAAUGAUCCACAUGACCUGGGAGGACUUUGCCAAUGCAUCCUUAUACAACUAGACCAAGGCUGACACAGGAGCAUCGGAAGCACACAAGAGGAUCCCUGCAGUCAAACUCUGCUUCUUUUAAAAAAUCCAUGUCUUCUUGUGCAUAACCUGUAAGCAGUACCACAUUUUGUGAUCAAAUGAUCUUUGUGGAAUAAACGCUGCCUUUUGGAUUAUGAACUGAAAUUGUGGUUCUUGAACACAUUUCAACACUUAACUGAAAAUGAUCGUGGAACAAACAGGAAGCAACAGAAAAAAUUAUGGA